UUACUCUCCGCUGGUGACACCAGUUUACCUCGUGCGCACAUGAUAUUGUAGAUGUAUUGUUCGAUUACCUUAAAUUUUGAUUAAAUAUUUGAAUAAAAUAAAAUGUCAUCAACUAGGAUAAUGACAGUAUUGCGUACUGCUCACUGUAAAAAUGUGGCUACUACUGUCAAUGGAUUUCAUUCAUCUGCUGCAACAUAUUUGAAUCAAUAUUGGAGAAAGAUGAAGGGUUUAUCACCCAAUCCCAAUAAAAAUGGUCCACUGGUUAAUUUACCGGAUUACUCGUUCAGAGAUAAUAGACCUGUUCCAUACGGCCAGAACCAAUUUAAACGUUUCCAGAAACAGCAAGAACAUGCGAAAAGAAUUGUACAGCUUGUUGGUGAAAUUGAUUAUGCAGUAGAGAAACACGCUAAGAUGAUAAAACAGCGAGAGGAAACAGUACAAAAGAUUUUAAAUAGCAAAUUAAAACCCAAAGGACAGGAAUUAGUUAAUAAAUAAUAUUUCUUAAGCUUUGAUAUAUCUAUAAAAUAUAAUAAUAAAAUUUAUUGAAUAAUGAUA